UACAGACCCUGCAGAGCUGGUCUUGUAUGACAUCAGCUGGAAGUACUCUUGCAGCUGCAUUCUCACUAGUCAGACCUUCUUCAAGGGCAGUCUUACUUAGAGUACAUAAAAAUUAAGAGUAGAUGGUUGGCUCUCUAUUUCUUUCUCCAUCUCUCUCCCUCUCAUACACUGCUUUUCAGGAAAUUCUUGUUGGUCAUUGUUGGAGACAGGAUGAAGAACUAUAUCAGCCUUCUCCAAGCUGGUGCCCUCCAGAUGUUGUAGGACUACAACCUCCAUCUUCCCUGACCAUUGGCCGAGCUGCUGGGUGUUGUAGUCUAAAGCAUCUGCAGCCAAACAUCAGCUGGAGGGCCACUAGUUAUAUAUGGGUGGCAGAAAUGUGGUUUCGCGUGAUUUCAGCAAGGCUGGGAAAAAAAAUCUCUCCAGUGGUAUGGAGCCUGCAGCAGUUUUGAACAACUCAUCUUGCAGCUCCUUGGAGAGCUAAAGCAACAUAUUACAGCAUAGUCCAUGAUAGCUUAUGCCACAAUAGAGUAUUUAAGGUGCUAUGGGACUCUUCAUUGUGUUUGCUCUUGCAGAGUAACACAGCUCUAAUUUUGCAACUCUCGUUUUCUUCUUCUUUUAGCUGCUUGUGGCUGCCUUCAAGCAGCUCAACUCCUGUGUGAACACAAGUGUCCAAUUAAUGUCAAAGAUGUGGUAUGUAAUCAUGAUCUCAUGGAUAACUUGGUGGGUUAAAAAAAAAACCUUAAAAGCUGGGCAGGGUAUUUCAGUUUCUGAAACCUCUUUUUCAAAUCUUCUUAGCAGGGCAGAUUCCCUCUUGUCUGCAGCAAAUGAGUUUCCUCUUUGUUCGCUGUAUUUCUUGCAGUUAGCAUGCGUGAGGUCUGAGUGGGACAUGACAGUCCUAAUCAGAAACAUGCAGUGAAUAAGUAGCAAAUUUAUCUCCCAUAUAAGGUAUGAACGAGCCUUUUACAUUGCUCUCUGAUUCUGCACCAGCACUCAAAGUACAGCAGGUGUGCAUGCCUAAUGUUGAGCUUUUUAUUACACUGUAGGAAAGGCUUGGAAUCAUUGAAUCGUAGAGUUAGAAGAGACCCCAAGGGUAAUCUAGUUCAACCCCUGCAAUACAGGAAUCUCAGCUAAAGCAACCAUGGCAGAUGGCCAGCCAACCUCUGCUUAAAAUCCUCCAAGGAAGGAGAGUCCACAGCUUCCCAAAGGAGAUCAUUCCACUGUCCAACAGCUCUUACUGCCAGAAAGUUCUUCCUGAUGUUUCUUUGGAUCUCCCUCCUUGUAGCUUGAAGCCAUUGGUUUGAGCCCUACCUUCCGGAGCAGGAGAAAACAAGCUUGCUCCAUCUUCCAUGUGACAGUCUUCCUGUGAGGAAAGCGAGCAACCUCGGGCACUUGUUCUUUUAUUGACCAGCUUGAGUGGAAACAGUUCAGCAGGGAGGGACCCAUAUGUAGCUGGCUUCUCCCAUUUCCUCCACGCACAUCCCAUUAUGCACAAAGUCUCUUUGGUAUUUUGGUUCCUGGCCAUCCCUUAUUCAGUGACAUUAGAGUUUUGGUUUGUUGAGUGCUUAGAAUCAUAUAUAAUGGUACCUCGGUUUACAAACAGUCCGGUUUAAGAACGCUUCGGUUUACAAACUCCGCAAAACCGGAAAUAGUGCCCUGGUUUGAGAACUUUACCUCGGUCUAUUAUAAUAUUUAUUUAAUUUCAUUUUUAAAACCAAACAAUUAAGAUUUUCACUUGUCAUCACAUAUAUUUUGUCUCUCCCGAGUCUUCAACUUCCCCCCUUCCCCCUUACUGACUUCCUUACAUCCUUACAUAAUUUAUUUAGCAUCUCGCAUUCCCUCUAUUUACCUACUUUUAUUCUUAAAUAUUCUUUUAUAAUUGUAAACAGGUUUCUACCUCUACGUAGACCGAGAACUUUACCUCGGUCUAAGAAUGGAAUCCGAAUGGUGGAAGGGCACUGGUGGCAGGAGGCCUCAUUAGGGAAAGGGCACCUCGGUUUAAGAACGGUUUUGGUUUAAGAACGGACUUCUGGAAUGGAUUAAGUUCGUAACCCGAGGUACCACUGUACUCUGAUCCUGAGAGCAGCAAAGGGCUUAUAGGCGCUGUGUUGAGCCUAUGAGUAAAGGGAGCUCAGAACUCAACAAAGGAUGGGAAUAUACCUUUGUUACUGGCUGUACAAAAUGGCCACACUGAAGUAACCAAAUACCUUCUGGAGCAUGGAGCAGACAUUAAUUCCAGAGACAAAAAUGGAAGAACGGCUCUGAUGCUGGUGUGCGAAGCAGGAAACCUCAGCAUUGCAGAAGUCCUCGUCCGAAAAGGUGCAGACAUAAACCUGGUGGAUGCGCUUGGACACAAUGCCCUGCAUUAUGCUGUAGUCUCUGAUAAUACAGGGAUUCAGAAUCUCCUUCAGUUGAAAAUUGUUCAAGAUGCUGAUGUCAAGUCACCAACAAAGCCAAAGCAGCAUGACCAAGUCUGUAGAUUAAGUUCUGAAAGAAGUGGAACUCCAAAAAAACGCAAAGCCCCACCACCACCUCCUGUCAGUCCUAUCCAGCUUAGCGACCUGUCCUCUCCGCAUUCAACAACUUCAACCCCAGUGUCUGGGAAAGGCCAGUCUUCAUUUGCUGAGCACGGAUCCAAGCAGGAAGAUAUCAGUGCCAUUCACUCUGAUGGCAAGGAUGGGAUGAGCGAUAGUACUGCAGGUGCUGAUAGUUUAUUGGAUGUAAGUUCAGAAACAGAGCAGCAAGACUUGCUUUUACUGUUACAAGCAAAAAUUGCAUCUUUGACCUUGCAUAAUAAGAAACUGCAGGAAAAAUUGCAGGCACGCGCACUCAAGUCAGAAGACCUGGAUGCCACGCUGGAUUCUUCUCGUUCCACCUGUGCGGAGUUUGAUCACUCAACGGACAGGCUAAGUGAGAGCUCGGCGGCGGCUCAGGAGAUCAGCUGCUCUUCGCUGAGCUUAGCACAAGCUCAGGAAGAGGCGAGCAGUAACGAAGUGAAAAUCAGACAGCUGCAAGACAACUUAAAGGAGGUGCAAAAGAGGCUAGACAGCUCAGAAGCGAAGAGGCGGCAUUUGGAGACGCAGCUUCAGUCCGGAACACUGGAUACCCUUUGCUUGCUGAACAGCUCUGACAUUUCUGAAAAUGGCUCCGACCUCAACCAGAAACUGAGAGAAACCCAAAGCAAGUAUGAAGAAGCGAUGAAGGAAGUCCUGCACGUCCAGAGGCAGAUGAAGCUAGGCCUGGUGGCUUCCGAAAGCAAAGAGGUGGACCUGCAGGAGCUCAGAGCCACGUGCGAGGAAGUCGAGGCACUGAAGGAGGAACUGCAGAAGGCGCAAGAAGAGGGCGAGAGGCUCCGAGCGAAAGUGAGAGAGCUGGAGGAGAAGCUGGCGGAGAGAGAGAGGGAUGCGGCCAGCACAAUGUCAGCAGAAGAAUGUGAGGAGAUGAGGAGCUCCUAUUGCUUGGUUAUUGAGAACAUCAACCAGGAGAAGGCACUUCUGAUUGAGAGGUACAAGGAGGGACAGGAGGAGAUCAGGAAGCUCCAAGAGAAGCUGAGAGGCCAGAUGGAGUCUGGGCAUGGUGAGGAAGCUGAGGAGGUGAGAGAUGCAAAGAACCAAAUGAUCACCGAGUUGAACAGGCAGGUCAGCAAGCUCUCUCAGCUGUACAAAGAAGCCCAGGCGGAACUUGAAGAUUGCAAGAAAAGAGGUGUUGCAGAGGAUGCUGAUUCAGGAUGCAUCCCUCUGGAGGAACACGAGAAGCUGAUGGAGGUCACCGCAUUGCAGAGAGAGCAAGCUGAGGGUGCCCUGUUGGAAAUGAAGGCCCAGUACGCAAAAGUAUUGAGUGAAGCAACCCAACUCCAGAACCUGGUUGAUUCACAGAAGAAGAACUCUGUCUCCAUAACAGAGCAUCUCCAGGUGGUCACUUCUCUCAGGGCUUCGCUGAAGGAAAUGGAAGAAGAAAUCGGCGAGCUCAAAAUGCAGAUUCUGCACAAAGAAAGCGAUGUGCAGCGACUGCAGAGGGAGCUCUUGGAAGAAGAAGCCGCUGUGUGCGAAGCUAUGGUGCCCAGGGCAUUGUAUGAAGAGCUCCGAUCUUCUUCAGAGGGAGAAGUCAAUUCCAUGCUGUCCAAAGUGAAGGACUUGACAAAAGAGAGGGAAAAUCUGUCUGCAGAUCUUGCUCAUUUGAGGAAGGAAAUCUCACAAGUGAAAGGGGAGAAAGAGAGCCUCCGGACUCUUCUUGAAGCCAAGGAACAGGAAGUCAAAAGACUGCUUCACCAGUACCAUCAAGCUCAAGAAGAGCUGCUUGAAAUGAAAAAGGCCUCUGAGAGUUCCUCAAAACUAGAAGAGGAUAAAGAUAGGAAGAUAAUGGACAUGACAAAGGAAGUUAGUAAAUUGAAGGAAGCACUGAACAGCCUGUCCCAACUUUCCUACUCAACUGGCACACCCAAGAGACAAAGCCAACAGCUGGAGCUAUUGCAACAACAAGUCAAGCAACUACAGAACCAGCUGACUGAAACAAAGAAGCAACACCAGGAGAUAGUAUCUGUUUACAGGACACAUCUUCUGUAUGCUGUGCAGGGCCAAAUGGAUGAGGAUGUCCAGAAAGUGCUCAAACAGAUCUUGACAAUGUGCAAGAGUCAAUCGCAAAAGAAAAGUGAAACGAUUUUUGCCGAUCCCUAAUGGUGCUGCUGUAGAGAUUGAGACUCGCCUUAAAAUGAGAUUUGAUUGGCAUCCCCACCCCCACCCCCAGGAGGGAGCUGUCACAUGUCUCUGCCACUCUUCUUUCUUUAUUUUUAUGUAUUAUGAGCUAAUGUGCUGUCAUGUCUUCCCCUUGCCCCCAACCUAAAGUUCCCAGAGUGCUAUUUUUGUGUAUUGGAACAGAAACGUACAACUCUCCGUAAAUUGCCAUUACUUUAAAUCAGGGGUGGUCAAAGUCUGACCUACAGUAUUAGAAAGUGGCUCCUUGCUUCCUUUGGUGCAAGCCGUUGGAAGUCUCGGCUUGCAGUGUUGCAUUUUGGAUAUGAAUAAGUACAUCUUCCAGAGGUGGGGGAAGCGAUGGAUUUUUCAGUUCUUGGUUAUCUAAAGAGGGGGUAACAAACCGGUUCAUAGGUUUUAAAGACCCUCCGACGUCCAGGAUAACAGUACAGUAGAUGCAACUCUGAUUUUGAAAUUUCCACGGCAUGUACGUAUUACAAAACCAGUGAUGUGUACUAACUCGAUAACGUAAAGCAUAAACAUGCAGGUUAAUGAAUUUCGAACACGGCUAAUUCUGCUAAAACCCCAGUUUCUUUAUCAAACAGUAGGUCAAGCUAUCUAUGCAAAUCCUUGCAGUGCUAUUGGCUAUGGAGCUCAGGGGGAAGAAAAACCCAGCGUUCCAAACGACAAACAAGGGAUCCGAAUGAACUCAUGAUGUUUACAGUGAGCACUGUUGUCUCACGGUUCCUAACCUCACUUUUGUAAAAGAUCUCCUCUACAAUAUAUUUUUACUGGCCCUCAAAUUUAGAAAUGUCUUUUUGUAAUUAAAGCCAUUUGCCUAUUUAACACUACUACUACUUUCUGUUUUUCUGCAGUAGCCUUUAAUACCAAAACAAUUUAGGCGGUGGCCUUUUUCUCCGUCUCUCUCCCCAUUCGCCCAGCUGUUGUAAAAUGCAGCAGAGGUAUCCCAAUCCCCUGGGGAAAGGCUCUGUUGAAGCAGAAUUGCCCAAAUAAUGUACAAGAGAGGAAUUACUAGCUUUCUUGCCAAAUGUUGUAACACCAAGAAGCACAGAGAAGCCUUGCGUUUUUCAUUUUCAAGAGCAGUAAACAUCUGUAUGACAUAGGAGUGCUCUUGCAAAUUGCUUUCAUGCCUACAAAUCCUUUAGCAGAAAAAGAUAACACUUAUAACUCUGUAUGUGAUAUACACUCAGGUAUGGAUAGAUUGGAUCCAGCAACAGAGUCUCUCUCUCUCUCUUGAUUUAUUUUUAUGAAAGUAUACUGUGCGAUUAUCCUAUUUCACCAGCCAUUUCCAUACCAGAUUUAUGUUGUAAACUGCUUUCAAAACCAGGCUCAAACCAGCAUGACUGCUUUGGCAUCUCCCAGCCUACCAUGAGAAUUGCAGCUUUCUGGGGGUCUUUUUUGUUGUUGUUGGAGACCUGCACAUAACUAGUCAGAUUCAAUAGCAGUUUUUCAAGUUUAAAAUCAGUUUGCAAGAGCACUCCUACCGGUAUAAGACUCAGGGGGGGAGCCUUCUUUAAGGCCUUUAAGAAGAAUUGGGAAUACCAUACGUGUGCUGCAACAGCGGUUUUGUGUGUCAGAGAGACCCAGAAGCCUGAACAACUUACAUUGUACCUAAAGGGAAUAACCAUUUUGAUUGUCAUGUGUCUUCAACUUACAGCAUGGUUUUACCCCUAUCGUCUGCCGCAGAGAUUCCCAGAGUUCUUCAAUAAGUGAAGUCUAUAGGCAGGCAAUUUACUCAGUGCCUGAGGGACUGCCACAUUUAUCAUGUGCUAAAUUAGCCUUCCCUGGGGCUACAGGUAUGGUUGACUACAAUUCCCAUCAUCCACAAUCAUUGCCAUAUUAGCUGUGGAUAAUGAGGGUUGUAGUCUUCUAGCACCUUGGGACUCAAGGCUGCAUUAAAUAGUAGCCUACCAUUUUAUACAGCAGCCAGAUUUAAAUGGAUUAAGAGCAUAGGAUCUCCUGGGUCUUUAUAUUAUUAUUAUUAUUAUUAUUAUUAUUAUUAUUAUUAUUAUUAUUAUUUGAGUCUCCUUGGUUUAACUAAUACCUAUUAAUUUGGACAAUGUUUCAUAGCUAGAUACCUUUUUUUAAAUGUUCCAAAGAAAUGUGAAAGUUUUGCUGCAGUACUUACAAAAAGAUUUAAAAAAAAACAGGUCUAAAAUAUGCCAAGAAAUGCUGCCAAGUAUAAAACUUGAGGAACCAUUUUGUAGGUUGCCUGACAAAAACCUUAGCUUUUUACCUUUU